UCUCCCGCCGAGGCUCAGCGAACACACGGAACACCAUAACGAAGCGGCUCGAUCGCUCGGCUGUUUCCGUCGGCCGCUCCGUGCAGCCCCGGAGUCGCUCGGCUGUUUCCGCCGGCCGCUCUCGGUGUAGCGCCGAGGCGCUGCGUUCGCUGAGUGGGGCCUGUGUGGCGACUGAGUGACAGGCAGCGAGCGCCCCUGGAGCUUCCACCCCAGGGACCCAGAACGGAGCGAGAUAUUCAAUUUCUGAAUGUACAUUAUGGAUGACGAUAGCCAAGAUGAACUGAUUAAUGUGAAUGCAGCAUUGGGAAAAGCAAGAGGAAAACGAGAAGUCGUAGCCAUUUUCAGUGAUGGAGAGGAAUCUAGCAGUGAAGAUGAUCUAGAUGAGGAUGGUACAGAUGAAGAAGAUGAUGAAGAUGAAGAGGAUGAAGAAGAUGGAGAGGGGGUCGAUGAUGAUGAUGAAGGUGAUGAAGAUGAUGAGGAUGAAGAUGAGGCAGAGGAAGACAAUGAAAUCGAUGAUGAGGAGGAGGACGCGGCUGUUGGAGCAGAUGACACAGAGAAAACAAGUUCCGAACAGAAAUGGGGAAACAAUUCGGAUGAGGAGGGUGAAAACUGCCCAAUCUGUCUGAAUACUUUCCGAGAUCAGGCUAUUGGAACUCCAGAAAGUUGUGCACAUUACUUUUGCCUUGAUUGCAUCCUUGAAUGGACAAAGAAUGCCAAUUCGUGUCCUGUUGAUCGAAUCAUCUUUAAACACAUCUGUGUCCGUACACAUUUUGGAGGAACAGUCAUAAAGAAGAUUCCAGUGCAGAACCCAAAUAAAGGCAAUGAAGAGGAGGAAGAGGACGUAACAAACUGUGAGGUGUGUGGACGAAGUGACCGUGAAGAUAGCCUUCUCCUCUGUGAUGGUUGUGAUUCGGGAUACCACUUGGACUGUCUUACCCCUGCCCUUAGUACUGUUCCAGUAGAAGAAUGGUUUUGCCCAGAGUGUGCUGCUAACAAUCCUACAGCUGUGGUUGAGGAGAUUGAUGAAGAAGAAGUUGCCUUCCUCAUUGCUGAUGCAGCGCAAGAACCCACUACUUCCCGGUUACGUCCCUCUGCUAGAAGAACUCGUGCUAUUGCAAGGACUCGCCAAAGUGAACGUGUACGGGAAAAUGUAAACCGGAGCAGGAUUACCCGUGCUCAUCAAAUUGAGCAUGUACCACCAUAUCUGAUGAAUGCAAACCUCCUCGAUGAAACUAUUGAAGCAGUUGUUGCGGGCUUAAAUACAGCUGUGUAUCAUCGGCCUCUCACUCCAAGAGCUCAAAGCACAAAGAAACGUAGGAAAAGAUCAGGUAAAAACAGGAAAAAAGCUGGAACAAAGAAACUUUCUGGCAAAACCAGUCUGGCAUCUGGAACUAAGGUCAUUGGAAAACCUGCAAGGAAACGGAGGAGAAAAGUAAAAAGAAGGAAGGGAAAGAAGAAGGCGAUUAAACUAAGUUUCACAGCACGGUCACGCAUUGCAAAGAAUCUUGGCCUCGGAAAGCCUGUCAAUGGUAUUUCAGUUCCCUCUGUGUACAGGCCACUGGAACCAUCCCUGAAGUCUAUGCGAACAGAUAUUGGAGCAGCCUCAUUAUCUGUAUAUGGUGAUCCAAAUGACCUGGACCCAUUUGAAAGUGCUGCUGGACCUUUGGACAGGGAAACAUCAAGUCCUAGGUCACUUGUUAGCAACAAAAGAAGAAUUCUUUCCCGCUCAGCUCUACGAUCUCAUCGGCCCGUAGCCCGACCAAUCUCUGUAAAAAUCUCAAGGAAUGGAAGACUUCCAGUUGUUGCCCAGGAGGGCAUACCAGAAGCUCCGCCUGUACCCGAUGUGUUGGGAAGUAUCCUAGCAGGACAGAAUGUCUUACUGAUGGACAGUUCUGAUGUUGUAAUCAAUAGGGAUGGAAGCCUAAAGCCUAAAGAUCGAGGGCAACCUGCAGAAUCAACAUCAAGUAACAGCAAAACUGGUGAGACAUCUAAUAGAUGUUCAUCAACAAGUUCUUGCAUCUCAGGGAUCUCUGUAAGCGCCUUGAAAGAAGAUCAGGAAACUUCUGGUCUUGUAACUAAUACUGCAAAACACGUCUUGGGUACGUUGCCGUCUACAUCUGGCUUAACGUCCAAGCCAAGGCAACAAACAGCAUCCAGCAAUCUAAGACCUGCCUUUUCAGGAACAUUUACUCCAAUGCCUGAAAUAUCAGUUGGUCCUGCGCCAGGUGAAUCUGUUUCUUUGUUCAAUACACAAAGGACAGGAGCAUUUAGUAAAAAUGUUGGGGACAGUCAAAAGAGUACCAGUGGCUUUACACCUUUCAAAUGGUUGAAUAGCGCCUCCAAUUUGCUUUUUAAAAACAAUAUAGGCACACUGAACAGAGUUGCACCCAAAUCACCUGUUAAGAGACUUGAUAUAUCAGAAUUUCCUAGGAUACCAAAGAUCAAGAACCAAACUGGUAGUUUAAGCUUUCAAACUGGUAACAAACAAAGCAAUGGAGUACCUCGAGCCUGUAUUAACAGACUUACAGGUAAUGAACAGAAUAGCCAGGCUACAAAACCUAUGGAAUUGGGCAAUAGUGGAAAGAAUAUUGAAAGACCUGUCCAACAAAGGCAUCAAUCUUCCACCAUUACAGGUUCGACUGGCUGCUCCAGUACUUUCCAAGAAAAACACCAAGCUCGGGACUUGGUUUCAAGCUCAUCUGGUCAGGGUUGUACAAAAGUGACAAGUAGUACUGGUCAUUUGACUAGUCUGCCGAAAUUGGAUGCCUACGACCCAUUUGAACCAACAGAUGAUGAAAUUCAGCAUUUUAGCAAAAGCGGCAAAAAUACUUCUCGAUUGAAACGCAACAUAAAAAAAGAAAUAGAUGAGAUAUAUGAUCCAUUUGAACCCACUGGUUCUGAUCCAUCUUCAUCAAAUUCCACUCCUGAUCGGAAUGAGUCAAGACCUGGAGGCGAAUCCCCAGUGCCCAGCCCCGAUAAUGAUAUUUCUGAAGAAAAUGAACACACGACUAAUACAUUAAGCCUUUAUUUUAAUACCAAUACCACACAACUAUCUGGCACGCAGCAAACAGAGCCUUAUAAAAUCAAAACUGAAGCUCUAACAUCAGGGAAUCCAACUGACAGUCCUGAUAGCUGUAAGUCUUUUUCUGCACCUUCUUUGACCUCUGGAGCAGAAGUUAUUAGUGAACCUCCGGCUAAUAUUGAGGUCAAAGAUAUAAAAUUGGACAUAGAAUCUGACAUGAGAAAGUGGGACAGUGAACGCAUGAAACAAGCAUAUUGCAACUUUUCAACAUCUAAUGACAAACAGUCUGAAAAACAGACAAUAACUACAGACAGUGAUGGCAUUAAUUCUUCUGUAUGCUCUGAAGACGGUGCUUUACAAGUUGUCACCACGAUCGUUCCCACUUGUGUGCGAACUGAUGCAGAUACUUCAUCAGAAAAUGAACGAAGAAAAACAGUGAAUAAAAAGGUCCACUCCAAAUCAAAGGCUCAUUCGAGAUCACGAUCAAGAUCACGUUCCCACAGCCAACACAAAUGUAAGAGCUCAGUCUCUGAAGAACACAAAGUAUACAGGUCAAGAUCAAGAUCAAAAGAACGGAAGAAGUUAAGGUCCCGCUCAAGGGAACGACGGAGAUCAAAAUCUCGGUCAAGGUCUCGCUCCAGCAGCUCCGAGAAAUUUAGAAGGCGAAAGCCUAAACAAGAUAGGAGCAAAGAGAAAAGAGGAAGGCGUUCCAGAUCAAGAUCUCGAGAAAGGAGGUCAGGUAGUUCCUCCUCUGUUACAUCUACAGACAGUCACAAGAGAAGAAGGAGAAUAUCAGGAUCAAGGGAUCACAAAGGCUCCUCCAGGUACUCUUGGAGCAGCAGUGAGAAAGGAAAGCGGAAGCUGUACCGACGGGAGCAAAGUCGGGAACAAUAUGAUAGACGAAGCAGACGCUCAACCUCUUGGUCCAGGGAGAGAAGGCGCUCGAGAUCAUGGUCAAGGUCCAGAGAUAAGAAAAAAGCAUGGCCUAGAUCUAGGGAGAAGCUAAGGUCCUGGUCGAGAUCAAGUUCCAGAGAAAGGAGAUCGUGGUCUAGAUCCAGCUCUCGAGACAAGAAAAGAUCACGGACAAGAUCAAGUUCCAGAGAGAAGAGAAAAUCGACCAGGUCUAGGGAAAAGAGAAGAUCAAAGACUCGAUCUAGAUCCAGGGAAAGAAGAAAGCCAAGACCUCGAUCAAGAACCCGUUCCAGGUCUAAAGAUCAGAGUAGAUCAAGAUCGAGAGAUAGAUGCUCCCAGUCAAAAUGUCAAUUCCCAGAAGUAGAUAGAAAACAAACUGUCUUUCAAGAAAAAAUCAAAUUUGGUGAGAAGGAUCAGUUGCAGAAGAAAGUUUCAACUUGCAGAGAUAAUGAGCCUUUGGAGAGGGAAGACUCAGUAAAUGAAUUGUUUAUUUCUUGUGAGGCUCAAAAGUUGCAGGAAAGUAAUUUUACACCAGCUGUUCAGACCUCGUCCUGUGCAGUAACCCCUAAAGAGGAACCAGCAUCAUACAUUGACAGUACACAGGAAGAAGAAAAACACAAAGAACUUCUUGAUCAAAACAAGGACUCCAGCUGUAAAAGUGAGGGCUUAGGAGAAACUAUUACUGAUGUUUCUGUUGGAGUUGACCAAAUUUGGGAAACUAUUAGCUCUUGCCCAAACCAGGCUGAUACAAUAAUGAAAAGUCCCAGUACUGUGUCUGAGUUUCCUCGAGUUAAAAGUCCGUGUUAUCAAGAGUCUGCUGUUCCAGAUGAGGUUUCUAUUCCAUUAAUAUGUCUUGGCAAACAGGAAGAGAUUCCGCUCUUGUCAGUAAAUGAAGAAGUAGCCUUGAGACCUGAAGCUGAACCAUCUAAUGAUCAUUCACCAGCUAAACCUGAUACGCUUUUACCUGUAACAGAGAAUUCCACCACUGCAGAUUCUCUGGUAUCUGUAGAAAACCCAGACGAAUCAGCAGAUGUGAGUACAAUUGAGGAACAACAAAACUCCAGCAUUCUGGUUCAUGAAACAGUAAAUUUUGUUAAAAACGAACACUUAGACAGUGCAGCAGGUUCGUGCUCCCAGAAGAAUGAACCAAAUCAUGAGACUGUGUCAGUUAGCUUUGGUUCAAACAUUUUAAAUAAGCAAGAGGAAGCACGGAGUGAUGUGAUUGAAAAUGACUCAUUGGAGGGAAAGCCAGAAUCGAUGAAAACAGAGAGCAAUAAGGACUACAAGGAAAUUCCACUGCUGGAAUCAACAGAGCCUUUGAAAGCAAAGACCACAAGUGAAACAGGUUCCCAAAGCAUUGGAGUGAAAACCAAACCCAUUGUCAAGAGAGUUACUUGGAACCUGGAGACAGAGGAGAAGGAUGAGGCUUCCUCUGGGAGGCCUGCAAGGACACCGUUCUCCUAUAGGGUGCACAGAUUUAAUAAAGAAAGCAUGUGGAAAGCUCCAGAAACAAGUCAACCACCAAAUCAGGUGCCGAUGUUUCAGCCUCCAGCAGCAAAUUUUAUGAUCCCUCCACCAAUGUUUCCUGGUCUAUUUCCGCCUCAGGCAUUUAACCAAGUCAACAUGCCGCCACCUUUCAUGCCACCUUUCCCACCAUUGCAUCCACCUCCCUAUGCACCAGUCAGCCAGCCUACUGUUCCAUAUCUUGUGCCGCCAGGGAAUAUCCCUCUGAUUGGCUCCACAGCUGUGCCUCCAUUACUCCCACAGCCCACUUACCAAACUGCUGUUCCUCCCCCUGUUCCUGUUCCUCCCCCUGUUCCUGUUCCUCCCCCUGUUCCUGUUCCUACUCCUAUUCCUACUCCGGUUAUUUCGAAUUUGGCUGCUGAAACGCAAGUAGCGCAAAUGGAAGGAAAUGUGGAUACCGAUAACAAAUCUUCUGAAGACAAAGCUCAAAAUGAGAAUUAUAUAAAGAAACUUCAUGUGCAAGAAAGGGCUGUUGAAGAAGCCAAAUUAGCACUAAAACCCUAUUACCAGAGUAAAGAGAUCACCAAAGAAGAGUACAAAGAGAUUCUACGGAAAGCAGUGCAAAAGAUCUGCCACAGCAAAAGCGGCGAAAUUAAUCCAGUUAAAGUUGCUAACCUUGUGAAAGGUUAUGUGGAGAAAUACAAACACAUCAGGAAAUACAAGAAAGGAGCAGAAGGAGAAAGCAGCAAAGAAACAGAAGCGAAGCCAGAAGCAAGCUGAGUUGUGUGAAACCUGCAAAGACAAUACCCUCUUUGGUUCAUUGUACAGUUUCUCCUGUGAAUGUGGAGAACACUCGGAGACCAAUUCUAACAGGGCAAUGUUGACUGCAGCACCAAGACACUUUAUAUUUCAUGGUAUCGUCAGUCAAUGUAUAAAUGCGCCUGGAGAAAGAAAAAAAAGAGGCCAGAAGAUCUUCAACUGGAACCUUCCUGCCCAUUAUCUUUUCCUUUGUACAAUAGAACACAAUUUCACACUGUGACUGUCUUUCCUGCCAUGAAUCCGAUUUAUAGACAUUGUUUGCCUUUAGCAUAAUGUUUCUUUACUUAAGAUCAAUUGAAUACUUGAAGCUCUGUUUAGUCAGUCUGAUUGUGCCUGAUACAAGGUAAAAGUCUAAAUAAUUCGGGUUUAUAAAACAUUAUCCACUUUUUUCAAACAGUCUAUUUUUAGGUUACUUGUUUCUGGUUAAAUCAUAACAUUUUGGCUUAUCAAAAUCUGCAAAAGAUCAUCAGCGCUCUGAACUGCUUGUCAUAAGUUAUAAUUUAAAAGCCAUAUUUGCAUCUUUUAUUGCUGUAAAUAAUAUUCAAAUAAUUCAUUUGUUAGAGAAAUGGAGUGUUUUUUUCCUCUCCCCAAUAUGAAUAAUUAUAGGUUUGUGAUGAUAAAAUGCAUUGUAAAUGGUAUGUUGGGUUUAUUAUUUCUGUUUUCCUUGUGCUUAAACAACCCAACUAAGAUUACAACAAUAAUGCAUAGAAAUCUCUUGCUGAAAUGCUUAUCCUGAUUAAUUGAAUUGGUCAGUGUUUUGGCUAUCUGUGGUUCUCGCAAACUAGAACAUUGUCCUGGGACUUCAGAUUUUGGCAAAAGUAAGAACAAUAGGAGACUAUUCAGCUCCUCAAGUCUGAAACACAGGAGAGGGUGAGGGACAUUAUUGUCACAAGGGAGUAGGAGCAGGCUGUUCACUCACUGGGGCCUGUUCCACCAGAACAUGAGAUCAUCGAUCCCCUUGAGCCUGUUACGUAGGAGCAUGAGACCAUUUAGCCCCUCGAACCUGUACUGUCAUUAUGUCAGGCCUGGAUUUCAACUCCAUUUAUACUUCAUUGCUUCAUAUCCCUUGAUGCCCUUAUUCAACACCACUGAAUUAAUCUCAAUCCUGAAGUCUCCAAUUAUUACACAACUUCCGCAGUCUUUUGGGAGAGAGAAUUUCCAGAUUUCUGCCACCCUUAUCAUGUUACCUGAAUAUAGCAAUUUAUUUUAUUGUCUUGGCAUGUCGUCAUUAUUUAGAUCCCACCCUAAGUUGCCCUGGCAACAAAGUGGCUUGUCACGCAUAUUGUAUGGGACUGGACUUGCCUGGAGGUUCUGGUUAAGUAGAGGAUGAUAAGUUCCCCUUUCCUGAAGGGCAUUACUUAACUAAAGCGAAGAUGAUGCAAAUCUGAAAUAAAACCAGAAAAUUCUGUAAAUAAUCAGUUCUGGCAGUGUUAGUGGAGAGAAAAAAAACAGUACACAUUGAUAAUUGCUCAAAUUCAUGGUUAUUCUCAAAAUAUUGAUCAAUAAAUUGCCAAUUUUGUAUUUCAAAUUGACAAAACAAAUGAAAUUGUUUGUUUUGCCAACAGUAUUUACCAUAAACUUUCAACUGUUCCUGAAUUCUACUCCUUUCACCUCCCUGCUUAUUCCCAAUAUGCCAAUUGGUUUAGCUCCUACCAACAUGCACGGUUCUCCAAGCCUGACACAACAAUUUUACCCUUAAGGCUCAAACUCAUUGUUAUUCUAGAUCUAAAUUCUGUGCAUCCUCGCCACCUUGGCUAUUUGACUGGUUCGGUUUGGGAUUCUGUACUAACUACCUCAAUAUUCUAUUCUGUGCCCAUUUCCACUCCUCUGUCUGGCAUUCAUUUUUGUCAUUGAC